AUGCUGCUACAAUAUGCAUUGAGUGUAGUGCUUCUCCUAAAACACGCGCUAAGUUUCGAUUGGGACCUGCGAGCCGGAUCGGGUAUUUCAUUUGCAGAGUAUCACGAGGAAAACAUCCCGUUACUGCUUGGUCUGGACAGUACGAACAAGAGCGACGGCAACCUGUUGCUACCGUUCAAUACGACACGUAUCCCCGGGAGCAAUGAGUCGCUCGCCAUCCAGCAGUUUAUCGUGGACCAUUUCAACGAGACGUUGCAGGCCAAUUGGACGAUAGAGCAGGAUCGGUUCGAAGAGAACGGGCGCAACUUCACGAACCUGGUGUUCACGUUGAACCAGGGACCAUCACCAUCGGACGACGACGACGAUGGCAAGUACCUGAUGCUCUCAGCGCACUACGACACGCUAAUCAGGCCCGAUGGGUUCGUGGGUGCCAUGGACAGCGCAGCGUCGUGUGCGAUGAUGCUCUACAUCGCGCAGUUUGUGGACUGGACCCUGGCACAUCCGGACCCGGAUUCCGCGGCAACCAGCCGGGAAACCACUCCGCUGGCGCUGAAGCUUGUCUUCUUCGACGGCGAGGAGGCCCUGGAACACUGGUCCGCGGAAGACUCGCUGUAUGGAUCCCGCCAUCUGGCGGCUAAAUGGGAGGUGGACGGUACCCUGCCACAGAUCGAGCUGAUGGUGUUGUUGGACCUGCUCGGGGAUCGCACGAGCAGGGUCCCCAGCUAUUUUGGCAGCUCGCACAAGUACUACUCCAUGCUCAGCGAGAUCGAAACGGAUUACCUCGCAGGCACGGCGCUAGCUUCCUCGUUGGACGCGACAAACACCGCGUUUGUCGCCCUAGGCCGCAGCGUCAUCGACGACGACCACGUGCCCUUCUACAGAAGGGGGACGGCCGUGCUGCACGUGAUCCCGUACCCGUUCCCCACGACAUGGCACGCCGUCGAGGACGAUUUCGCCCAUCUGAGCUCGGACGAAAUCCGCCGCUGGACAACAAUCCUGUCCGAGUUCACGUGGCGCUCCGUGCAGCGCGAUGCACCCCUGAAAUUAUAG